CCACAAAGGCUCGACAUGGCAUCCUUGUACUGCUUCGACACCGCUAUAGCCGUAGAGCAAGAGCAAUGCACAUCUAUGUUCCUUGUCGAUAGCGCCCCCAAUGUCCUGGAUAUUAUUGGCUACAGAAGCUGGUGUGUUCUUCAAACGUACGCACAUCAACGUUACGUCGUCCUUCAUAGACCGGUCUGCAACUGCCAUUCGGGUAGGUCACACUUUAUCCAGUCGUCAAGAGACAAAUGUGUUGAGUCUAGUCUGGCCCUCUUAGACCUUCACAGACAGUUCUCUGAUCUCUCCCGACUACGAAAUUACCAGUGGCUCGUUUAUGGCCUUACAAGCUUCAACGCCGUCCACGGGGCAGUAGCCCUAGCGUCCUGCCUCCUUGAUCGACCAAAUGAUAUAGACCCAGCCGCCUACCGGGCCGCUUUGAUGGCACCAUCCGAACAAUAGAGUCGCUGCUGGACCGCAGCCCUGUUUGUGUGAAAGCGCUACCCAUCCUUCGGCAUAUACACACAUAAUUGUUCCCGGACCACUCAGCAGCCAGGGCCGGAAGAUGGCUUUGACAGCACAUUCGAAAGCUGGAUUGAUGCUGUUCAGUG